AUGCUGUCUGUACACAUUCCUGUUAUCAUUAGUCAGGCAAAUGAUAGACAUGAUAUUCCAUCAUCCCUAAAUACUCCAGUGUGUUUCCAAAAACAAAGACAUUCUCCUGCAAAAUCAGCAUCUAAACUUCCCAGUCAGCACAAGCAGCUCCAAUGCACAGAUCCCUUUCAAAUUUCCCAACUUUGCCCUAAUGUUUCCUUUUUUUCUGAUGCCUCUUCGUCCUUCAAAGAGCCCAGACCCAGGCCAGAGACACUGCAGUUUACAGUGGACAUGUUCCACUUUGCUAAUGACUCCAGAAACAUGAUCUAUAUCACGUGCCAUCUGAAGGUCACUCUGGCAGACCGAGUCCCGGACCAGCUAAACAAAGCCUGUUCCUUUAUCAAGUCCAGCAGGAGGUGGUCGCCGGUAGAAGGCACUGCUGACAUCUGUCGCUGUUGUAACAAAAGCAGCUGUGGCCUUCCAGGCCGUUCCAGGAGGCUGUCCCGUCUAGAGAGAAGGGGGCGCAAGUCUGCUUCCCAAACCCGAAAUCGCAGGCAUGUGACCGAAGAAGCGGAGAUCACCGUGGGGCCUCUGAUCUUCCUGGGAAAGGCUGGUGAUCCUGGGGCGGAGGGGUCCACGUCCCCUCACGCCUCUGUGAUGCUGGGCUUGGGCCUGGCCACGGUGCUCUCUCUGACUCUGGCUACCCUCGUCCUGGUCCUUUCCCGGAGGCGCCGCGCUGCUUCCCGCUCUGUGAUCUGCCCUGUGUCUGUUCCCCAAUAAAAGAA